CCACUUUUUCUCUUUUCCAUCGUCUCUUUCCUUCCAAAGCCCCAACUCACAACCUCACAACUUGCCUCCCACAUACUUACUUGGCCGUUGUUGAAAUUAAUCUAUUGCUAAUAGAGCUGUUUGUUUUCAAGAAGAGACCAAGAGCGAAAGGAAUAGGACCAAGAUGCCCGUGUACAACUUCAAACGCAUCGGCCCUGUGCCGUCGGCGCCUGACCUGGUUGACAUUGUGUUGAUGAGGACGCAGAGGAAGACUCCAACAGUCGUUCACCCAGGGUACAAAAUUUCCAGGAUUCGGUCUUUCUACAUGAGAAAGAUCAAGUUUACGCAACAAACCAUCAGUGAGCGGUUGGGAAACAUUAUUCAAGAUUUUCCUCGUCUGAACGAUAUUCAUCCCUUCUACGCAGACUUGUGCAACACUCUCUACGAUCGCGACCACUACAAAUUGGCUCUGGGGCAGCUCAACGCUGCCAAAGGCCUCGUGGAACAAAUCUCUAGAGAUAUGAUCCGCAUGGUCAAGUACGGAGACUCGCUCUACCGCUGCAAGUGCCUCAAGCGAGCUGCCUUGGGGCGCAUGUGCACCGUACUCAAGCGCCAAAAAGCCAGUCUGGCGUAUCUAGAAGAAGUCAGGAAGCAUCUGAGUCGUCUUCCGGCUUUGGAUCCCAAUACUCGAACGUUGCUGCUGUGUGGAUUGCCCAAUGUAGGAAAGUCUUCCUUCUUGAACAAGGUCACCAGAGGAAAUGUCGAAGUGCAGCCUUAUGCGUUCACAACCAAGUCUUUGUUCGUGGGUCAUUGCGACUACAAAUACUUGCGUUGGCAAGUCAUUGACACUCCUGGAAUUCUAGACCAUCCACUGGAGGAACGAAACACCAUCGAGAUGCAAUCCAUUAUUGCCCUGGCACACUUGACUUGUGCAGUCCUGUACAUUAUGGAUAUCAGCGAACAUUGUGGUUACACCAUUGAGCAACAAUGCCGACUUUUCCAGGGAAUCAAGCCACUCUUUGCCAACAAACAGCUCAUCGUUGUAGUCAACAAAGUCGAUCAGCAACCUUGGGAGACACUUGAGGCGGAAAAGAGAGAAAUGAUCGAAAGCGUCGUCAAAAUGGGAGGUGGAAACUGCACUCUCAUGCCCAUGAGCAAUAUCACGGAGCAUGGGGUCAGCCAAGUCAAGAAUGCUGCUUGCGAGAAACUAUUGGAAGCUCGUGUAGACGCUCGAGUGGCUAGCAACAAGAUUGAUUCGGUCAUGAACCGUCUUCAGGUGUUUCAGCCGCAGCCUCGCGACAAUGUUCAGAGGGAAGCUUUCAUUCCAGAAAGUGUCAAGAAACAGCUCGAAGAAGACGGUGGUCGGCCCAAGCCCCAAAAAUCUCGCACUGGAUAUGCCCCCACUGUCGAUGAUCCAGAAGCUGAUGGUGACGCUACCAUGGGAGAUGCCGCCGUCAAAAAGACUGCUCGUGACUUGAUGUGGGAGAACGGUGGUCCUGGAGUGUGGGCUCCUGAUUAUCGUGCCAUUUACGAUUUGAAAGAAGACGAAUGGAAGUUUGACAGCAUUCCCGAAAUCAUCGACGGAAAGAACAUUGCUGAUUUCGUCGACCCAGACAUUGAAAACAGGCUGGCUGCCUUGGAAUUGGAAGAGGAGCAAGCUUUGAAGGAACUUGAAGCUGCCAACAUGGAGAACCCCGAAGAGUCGGAUCUGGAGAGCGAAGAGGAAGCGGCCGUCAUGGCCAUUCGAGAUCGCAAAAAGACCAUUAGGUUGAUGAAAAACACCAACAAAACCAACAAUCGUCCAAUGAUGCCACGAGAAUUCCGUGGCAGGGCCAAGGAUAAGCAUGACCCUGGAGCACGCAACAAGAAUGAAAUCGAGAAACGAAUGGAAGACCUCGGCGUGGAUGCUUCCAAAAUGAUUGAACGAGGCCGGUCUUUGGACCGCGAAGCCGCUCGAAAGCGAGGACGCAGUCGCAACCGUCGCGACGAAGACGAUGCAACGAUGGAAGAUGCGGAACCCAUGGACGAUGAUGGUCAAAGCAAGACCAAGCGCAAAAAGGCACGCCGAGAGCGCGAAGAAUCUCGCAAGCGCGAUCCAAGUGUGAACAAGCGGACUCAUAACAAGCCACAAACUUUGGAAAAGAAGGGGUUGAAUGAAGACACCAAGGCGACGGCAAAGAAAAUGGAGCGCAAAGGUCGCAAGGGAUGGGCAGGAGGUGCAGGAGAAGGCGACAAUCGCAAGGGCGUGCAUUUGGUCAAGUGGAUGAACACAGGAAAGAAGCGAAAUGGCACGCAUUACUGUCGUUAGAUUUAGUUAUUUGUUACAUACAUGU